UGCCCCGAUAGCUUCCGGGGUUUCUGCUGAAAUCGGGUUCCCUGCGGUCGGUAACCGGUACGGAACGGGAGGGCGUUCCAUAGCUCCCGAAUCCGGAGCCCUAGUGCGCUCUGCCUGCCAGGGCUCGCGCCUCAGAGUACUGCGCGGAGGUGGGAUUUUCACACUCAAAACUCGCCAACACUCCUUCCCUCUAAGCGGUUGCAAGUUCUUAAUUAUUUCCUGCGACAGGGGUAUUGUUAAAUCCUAUUAGCCAUCUGCUUUUUGCUAACAUUCUGAUCAUCAGUGCCAAUUCUUCUCGCUGGGAGGUCAGCCCGGCCGGCCGAAAGCCUGUCCCCUGGACUCCCCCUGGCUCGGUCUCAUUUUCGGAUCAGGAACUUGGGGCCGACUGGGAAUGGGAGGUUUAAAGUUAGCCUGCAAUCUUUCAACUUAACCGCCUCCCUAUAGCUACCUCACCCCUGUUUCUAUUUUUUACAGGGAGUUCGCUCGCUCGUCAGCGUUGGGUAUUUGUGAUUUAACCACAAACGCCCAUGUAAUCGUUCAACGCAUUCUCCUUUUUUUUCCCCUCCACCCCGCCGCUUCGCUGAAUCUGACAACCUCACUCGUCCCUCGUAUUCCCGACUCGUCAGUGCUGAUGCCCCGUCGGCUCAGCUCUGACGAUCGGAGCGGUAAGAAAUAUUCUGCACUCACUUUCCGCAACGCACCGUGGUCGGCUCUCUCUUUGGAUAAGGUGACUGACCUUAGAUAGUGAACUUCUCUCUCUUCUAAGAGGACCUCCGCAGACGGCUUACGACCCUGGACCGCGAAAGAUUCGGUUUCCCGCUGUAUUUGAUCAAGAUUUAAAUAGCCCUGUGCUAAGGCAGUCUUACCCAGCCCGGGCUCCUGUGGUCGCCAUGCCCGGCCCGGCGGCCGGUAGCAGAUCCCGAGUCUACGCCGAUGUCAACACUUUAAAGAGCCGGGAGUACUGGGACUAUGAAGUUCACGUGCCCAGCUGGAGUAACCAGGAGGACUACCAGCUGGUUCGGAAGCUGGGAAGGGGGAAGUAUAGUGAGGUCUUUGAAGCCAUCAACAUCAACAACAAUGAGAAAGUGGUGGUCAAAAUCCUGAAGCCUGUAAAGAAGAAGAAGAUCAAGCGGGAAAUAAAGAUUCUGGAGAACCUGCGGGGGGGAACCAAUAUUAUUGGGCUGGUGGACACCGUGAAGGACCCUGUGUCUCGAACACCAGCACUGGUCUUUGAGUUCAUCAAUAACACGGACUUUAAGGAGCUGUACCAGAAGUUAUCGGAUUUUGAUAUUCGUUUCUACAUGUAUGAGUUACUGAAGGCUCUGGAUUACUGCCACAGUAUGGGUGUCAUGCACCGAGAUGUCAAACCCCACAAUGUGAUGAUCGAUCACCAGACAAGGAAGCUACGUUUGAUAGACUGGGGCCUGGCCGAAUUCUACCACCCUGCACAGGAGUACAACGUCAGGGUUGCAUCGCGCUACUUCAAGGGCCCUGAGCUCCUGGUGGAUUACCAGAUGUAUGACUAUAGCCUGGACAUGUGGAGUCUGGGUUGCAUGCUGGCUAGUAUGAUCUUCCAGAAGGAACCAUUCUUCCAUGGUCAAGACAACUAUGACCAGCUGGUCCGAAUCGCCAAGGUCUUGGGAACAGACGAGCUCUUCGGGUACCUACAGAAGUACCACAUUGAACUGGACCCAAGUUUCAAAGACCUGCUGGGCCAACAGACACGGAAACGCUGGGACCAGUUUGUCCAGUCUGAGAACCAGCACCUGGUCAGCCCAGAGGCCAUGGACCUGCUGGACAAGCUGCUACGCUACGACCAUCAGCAGCGGCUGAGCGCUUCAGAGGCCAUGGGGCACCCGUACUUCUAUCCCGUGUUAAAAGAGCAAUCUCUCCAAAACACUGACUGCAGCGGCUCCACUGCAGCGCGAUGAGAGAGACCAGGAAAUCUUGUUACCUCAGCUUUUACCCCAGAAACCUCUUCAAGUAUACACCGGAACAAGGCACCAUCUGCCAGUUACACACACUCACAUUUCUCUAUCUCUCUAUCUCUGUUUCUCUAUUUCUCUAUCUCUAUCUCUAUAUCUAUCUAGUAAAAUGUCAAAUUCAAGACCAGUGACUUUCAAGGCUCCUCCGUUCUAACUCUACCCCAACAAUUUAGGGUAACACAAUAAUAAGGAACAAACCAAGACUUUUGACCUCCAGUUGAUUCCCCUGGAUUUACAAGCAUUGGGAGCCAAGAGAAGAAUACACCCCUCCUAUCUCUCUCUGCUGUUCUGUGUUCAGCUUGUGAAAGACUCGGGGGACACCUGCCACGAUAUCAUGUGACUACAGUAGACUCUGAUGUACCAAGAGGUCAAUCAAACCACACUACCCAAACCCUUUUCAUCUCCUUUAUGUGCAACGUGCUACAGGUUUUUGUUUUUAUUUUUUUUCCAUUUCUGUGUGGACUUUGCCAAUUCCGGUUAGUUUCAAGGUUAGGUCAUGUCAUUUUCUACCUCAAAAAUCAGUGAUAUGCGUUCUUUGUUGCCAACUGGCUUAAGCUAACUAGUCCCUCUCAAAAUAACUAGCGUAUAUGGCUGUCUGCGCUAGCCCGUAUAAUAUGGUCACAGGUGUCCGCUUAGUCUCUCUUUGUCGAGUUCUGCAAUGCUGAGAUCAGACUCUGCACUGCUGUUCAGAAGUGGCAUGGUGGACCUCUGUUAUAGGUAUUAUAAUAAUCUUAAUAAUAAUAUUAAUAAUAAAUGAAUUUUAUUUAGAUUUAUGUGUGGGAUCAUUGUGUCCGGGCAGUGGUGAUAUUGGUGAUAUUUUUGUGGCAUUAAAAAGUUUUAUUUUGUCUCCAGA